UUAAUUUUUCUUUCUUUUCGUUUUUUUUGGUCGCUAGGAAGAAACUUUGAGAAGAGGCCGCGUCGAAGUGAGAUCUGCUCUAGCGCGACGCGAUGGCUCAGGGGCAGGGCGAAUCGGAGGCGGCAGCGGCGGCGGCAGCAGAGGCAGUGACGGGACAGCAGCAGCAGCAAAAGGGUUACGCGGUGGAGUUGUACUUCGAUCCGGCGCUGGAGAACCAGGUGCUGAAGGCGUGGAACGUCCUCGCCCGCCGCCAGAUCAGCACCAAACUCAUCGAGAUCUCCGCCCGCCCCCAUCUCACCCUUCUCUCCGUUCCUUCCCUCGAUCCGCUCCGCCUCCAGCUCCCCAUCCGAACCCUCGCCGCCCGCCUCGACCCCCUCCCCCUCUCCCUUUCAUCCGUCGGCGCCUUCCCUUCCACCUCCCCCUCAGACGCCGGAAAAGGAGGAGGAGGCGUGCUAUUCCUCGCCCCUACCCCAUCCGCCGCCCUCCUCCACCUCCACUCCCAGGUGUGCGACGCCCUUCGCAAGGAAGGGAUCGAACCGCCCGAGGAGUUCCGCCCUGAUUCCUGGGUUCCACAUUGCUCCGUCGCCCAGGAUGUGCCACGGAACCGCAUCGCUGACGCUUUCUGCAUCCUUCGGGACCUCAAGCUGCCUGUCUCCGGGUACGCCAUGGACAUCGGGCUCGUCGAGUUCUCCCCUGUGCAGGAGAUAUUCUCCUUCCCUCUCGGAAGCAAUUCUGAAUCUUGAGGUAAACAUUUGAAGGACAUCGACAAUUCGGGCAGGUAGAAAGAGCUGCGAGUACAUCAUUUUGGUGUUUACUUUUGUGGGGCUUAUUCUUCUAAUCCAGUAUUUAUUCAAGCCAUAAAAAUGAAUAGGAAUAUUUGAUCUUCUUGAAUGAUGUAUGAAAUGUUCAACUUAUCUUGAUUAGGUUUCCUGCAAGCAUUUGUAUGCCACUAACUUGGGGUCUUGUACCAGUUCUCUGUUUAUACAAUUUAGAGGCAAUGAUCAAUUUGCUGUCUAAAAUA